AUGGCUCCUCGAGGCGGCUUCGAGGACGAGGAGCUCACCAUCUCCCUCUCCUCGUCCCACGUCCGGCGAGUCCACCAGCAGCGCCAUCCUCGCGCCCAGCAUGCCCCCGACGCCGCCGCCGACGCCGCCCCAUCAGCAGCAGCAGCAGCAGCAUCGUCGUCGUCGAGGCCCGGCAGAACCAUGGAGCACAACGGCGGCCGCGACAGGUCAAAGGCCGAGCAGCGCAUCGGCGCCUACAAGAUCAUCAAGACGCUCGGCGAGGGCUCCUUCGGCAAAGUGAAGCUGGCCAUCCACAAUGGCACCGGCCAGCAGGUCGCCCUCAAGAUCAUCGCUCGCAAGAAGCUCAUCAGCCGCGACAUGGCUGGCCGCGUCGAGCGGGAGAUUGAAUACCUCCAACUCCUGCGGCACCCUCACAUCAUCAAGCUCUACACUGUCAUCAAGACGCAUAGCGAAAUCAUCAUGGUCCUCGAGUAUGCCGGCGGUGAACUCUUCGAUCACAUCGUCCAACAUGGCCGGAUGAGCGAGUCGGAGGCCCGCCGCUUCUUCCAGCAGAUGCUCUGUGCCGUCGAGUACUGCCACCGCCACAAGAUUGUCCACCGCGACCUCAAGCCCGAGAACCUGUUACUCGACGAACACCUCAACGUCAAGAUUGCCGACUUCGGUCUGAGCAACAUCAUGACGGACGGAAACUUCCUCAAGACGAGCUGCGGCAGCCCCAACUAUGCCGCGCCCGAGGUCAUCGGCGGGAAGCUGUACGCCGGCCCCGAAGUCGAUGUCUGGAGCUGCGGCGUUAUUCUCUACGUGCUCCUGGUCGGGCGGCUACCCUUUGACGACGAACACAUCCCCAGCCUCUUCGCCAAGAUUGCCAGGGGCACCUACAGCAUCCCUGUCUGGAUGCCAACCGGAGCUGCGAACCUCAUCAAGAAGAUGCUCGUCGUCAACCCGGUCCAGCGAGCGACGAUCGAUGAGAUUCGGCAGGAUCCGUGGUUCAUGACCGACCUGCCCGCGUAUCUUCAACCCCCAGUCGAGGAGUUCCUCAACACCGGCGUCGACCCCAACAAGGCCAUCGAGAAGCGCGACAUCGCACCAAACGCGCCGGUCCAGGUCCAGGAGAGGCUCCACAACGAGGUCACGGAGAAGAUCAGCAAGACGAUGGGUUAUGGCAAGAACGAUGUCGAGGAGGCGCUGCAGUCUGAGGAGCCGUCUGCUAUCAAGGACGCGUACAUGAUUGUGAGGGAGAACAAGAUGAUGCAGGUCAAUCAAAACCCCGAUGCCUUGAACGAGGUCGACGAGGCCUCGAGCCCCAUGAUGAGCAUGUCCUCUGCCCGUUCUGGCAUGUCUCAAGGCCUGUCGCCGCGCCCCUACGUCAGCAAAGUCGGCAUUCUGCCCAGCAGUCUCCCAGCCUACCACAAAGAUUACAUGGAGAGAGAAAAGGCGGGCCUCGAGGCCAACCAGCCGUCGGACGCGGCUGACAACGAUGAGCCUCCGUCAACGAGGACGGAUGCUGAGAAGGAAGAAGCUGCUCGCCGCCUCAAGCCUCAUGCCCGGUCGCAGCUGAAGCUCGAGGAAGGAAGUAAACGCCCACAGGGUAUGACGCCGAUCAACCCACCAAAGAAGCCCAAGCCCGUGCGAUGGCAGUUUGGCAUUCGCUCCCGCAACGCCCCGUGGGAGGCCCUUCUCUGUAUCCACAAGGCUCUUCAUAAGCUGGGAGCAACGUAUGUGCCAGACGAGGACUAUGCGUCCGCGCGAGAGAAGGAAAGCGAGACGCCCAGUGGCGACGGAAGCUUUGCAGACGACUACGACGGCGGUUCCCUGCACCGCGAGUCGAGUUCAAGUCUGGACCCGACGAAACGAUACAAGCUUCCAGCGGAUCCAUGGCACAUCAAGGUGCGGUGGGAAUCGUCGACCAUCAAGCGCAAGACAAAGAGCCCAGCCGACGGCUCCGGAAGCAGCCACGUCGGCACACCAGACAGCUACCACGUCUACUCACAGCAGGACCCAACCAAGAAGCUAUUUGUAGCACUGCACAUGGACAUUCAAAUUUACGAGAUGGAGCAGGGCGUGUAUUUGGUGGACUUUAAGUGCUCGGGGUACGAGACGCCGGACGGACUCUUGCUCGAGGAGAAGGAGGUGACGAGUCCAUUCCCGUUCCUCGACAUGGCUGCGAGGUUGAUCAUGCAGCUCGCGGAGGCUGACUGA